CUCUUCUCCAGCGUUGUUUCUGGACCCUGCAGUGACCAUCGACUGCAGCAACUAGUCGACCCCCUGUUUGUGCUCUCGGUGCACCCAGAAGAGCUCAGGCAAUGCCAUCUGUCUCGACUGGAAACACUGUUAUCUGAAGUUGGUGCAAUGGAGACUUCUGGGAGUGAUGCAGCGGUCACAUACUUGGGGAGAGCUGAGGAAAGAGACGGGUAUUAUGAUCUGGAGCAUCUGCCUCCACUGCUGGAGGAUGAGGAGAAUGUGUCCCUGGCAGACAUCCUGUCUUUGCGGGACAGCUGUCUGUCUGAGGAGGAGGUGUGGGCGGUGUGUGCAGAGUGCGUCCUGGCGCUGCAGAGCAUCCGACCCUCCCACCUCUUCCACACCCUGUGCAUCACACCAGACACUCUGGCCUUCAACGCCCAUGGGAAUGUUUGCUUCAUGGAGCAGCUCAGCGAUGAUCCGGAAGGAUCCUUUGUGCCUCCUGAGUUUGACAACACGGGCAGCACCUUUGAGGGCCAUGUUUACUCUCUGGGCUCUACGCUUUCUGCCGCACUGAACUUUGUCAUCGAGCCAGAGCUGGAGGCCGAGCUGGGGGAGGAAAUCCAGAGGGUGCUGGAGCAGAUGCAGGAAGAGACGCCCGAGGACCGACCGCUCCUGCAGGACAUCCUGUCUCUGGCUGAAGCGAGGCUGUCUCGUACCUCCUCUGCAGCUGUGUGCCGGAAGCUGUCCUCCGUUGGCCGCCGGGUCCUCUCCAUCGAAUCAGUAUCAACCUUUCAAGAUGGACAGGAAGGCUCCUGGGAGGCGAGAUGGCAGCAUCCCAAAUCCAGACGUCUGCUGAGCUCGGAUGAUAAGACCAAAGACCUGUGUGUGGACAGUUGUGUUAAAGCAAAUGGUCUGUCCAGGCAGCAGGUGUGCGGGGGCUGGGAUUCCUCUCUCUGGGCGGAGGAUAUGGACAGCUGUGACGGAGACGGUAUGAUCUUGGCAGAUGAGUUGGACUGCAGGUCCCACAACAGCUCUCCGGUGAGGAGGAGAGCCCAGCAGAGGCUGAACAGGGUGAGGGGGGCUCUGAACCGCUCCUGCUCCGUCCCGGACUCCAACAACCCUCCUUGUCUUUCCCCUCCGACUCACGGAGAUAUCAGCAUACCUGUAUCCGACCUCACCGAGAUAGGAGCGGAUGAACAUUUGAGCUGCAACUCCGUGUGGAGUAACAGACUUCAAAGACUCAACCGGGGCAUGUCCUGCGAGUCUUACCGACACAGUAGCGUCGAGGAUUAUGGGUACUCGAUGGUGGAUAACCAAAUGUCACGAGGAAAUGAGGACGCCGUGGAGACAUUAUGCAGCGGAGAAACAGAGUGCCAUGAAUGUGAAUCUAAGGACUGCACCCAGGACUCAGUCUCUUCCUGUACUUCCUGUCAGGAGCUGGAUGUGGACCAGGACCCUUCUGAGGACCAGAGCUCAUUGAUCCACAGCCUCUACAUUCCCAAUAACUACAUGACCAAAAGCAUGCUGUGCCUCAAUGAAGAAUCUCAGGAUGAGUGGAUCUCUCUGAGAGAGUUACUGACUCGGUGUGGACGGAGGCUGACAGUUAAUGAGCUGUGGGCUCUGUGUUACAGCUGCCUGUCCUCACUGCAAACCUACAUCGACUUUCCAGCCUAUCUCUGCCUGGACACUCUGCAUGUGGGCUGCGAGGGAGAAGUUCUGUUCCUGAAACCUAAAAACAUCGGAUCCCGAGAUGAGUUUUAUCUUGCCCCUGAAUAUCAAGAACAUGGGAUUGUGACUGAGAAGGUUUGCGUGUACGGGGUUGCUGCUAUUCUUUGGGCCACGGCCAAGUUCAGUUUAUCACCUCAUCAAAAACUGGCAAUGCCUCGCAAACUGAAGAGGCUGCUCCUGGAGAUGGCAAAGAGGACGCCCAUCGAGAGGCCGACCAUCGUCAUGGCUAAAAAAAGCUGUCGUGACUACUUAUCAUGUCAAGGGACAAAUGCUGAGAUUGUGUGGAACAACCUCAUCAGCAGAGUUCACCCGCCAGCCUCAAAACCCAGUGAUGCAGAUGAUUUGAGUGCAACUCGACAAGGCUCAUGUGAGGAGUCUGCACCAAACAGCGGCUUUGUGCCCAUGGCCACUGAGAGCCGACUGGCUCCUGUGCCUGGCCCUGUUCCCCACAGCUAUCCAGUCAACAAGGAACUCCAGCUCCCAGAAGCCUUCACUUCAACUGCCACACACUUCACCCCCAUCAUCCUGACCAAUGAAGGGGACUCAGAGGAGGAGAGCCAACACCUCAGAGCUGCCAUUGAAGGGAGAAAAAGCGGUGAACACGUGGAGGAAAGGGGCCUCGAUUUCACUUCACACUCUGAGUACCUUUAUCCUACACAGACUGAACCCAAUCUGCAUAUACAGGAGUCGCCUGUUAAUGAGGCGGUCGUAACUACAACUUCCAGCGACAUGAUGCUGGUCAACUCUACUUCUACUCUCCCUGAUAUUUCCUGUCUGGAAGUCUCUCUUCCUCCGUCAUUAUCCGUUAGUGGUUGUGGUGUUUUCAACAAUUACCUCUUCCGUCAGGAUCCCUCAACAGGACAUCUCUCCUUAGUGCCUGUGCAGGUCAGGGCUCCCGAGUCCCUCCUCGGGUUGGAUAUAAAUCUCUCCCUGGUGCCACAGCCUUUACAGGGACUGAUCACAGUUCCAGAGAGCACUGAUGGUCCAUUUAUUAACUGUCUGAAUGGGCCUGUGAGGCCUGGACCUCGGGAUUAUAGCCCACCAUCAUCCUAUUUCAAUGGUAGCUCCAUCAUCUCUGACAGCUCCCUGGAGCACAGUGUGCCCAGAGCGUACAAUGGACAAGCUAAUCCAGGAACAAGAGAGGAGAACCAGUCUCCUUCAGAGUCCCCUAAAGUCCACCCUGCCCUGCAGGAGGUGAUUGACCUGCUCAAGGGGGAGUUUUCACUGGAUGGGUAUUUAGACAACGGACAUGAGGACAUCGCCAUGGGGGAGUGCAUCUUCUCCUUGAAGGACCUCCAGUACCACACGUUUGCCAGUGUUGUGAAGGAGAGGUUCUGUGAUCUGUACUGGGAAGACGACUUGUUGGGUGUACUGCACUGCCUGGUUAACUACAGCCCAUCUGCACUCGGCUCUAAUGAGCAGCCUCCAUCAAAGGCUGUGAAAAGGGCAGCUCUUACCCCACCCUUGGUAGCCACCGUAUGGGGAGGGAAGAGAGAAGUUUGCCUGCACGGUCGUCUCGACAUGAAUGGAAACAUUCACACGUCCAGUCCUGCCGCCGUGGAUCGUUGGGAAGGAACCGAGGCCCGGCCCCCUCACGGGGAAAAUGAGGCUGCCCCCGAAGGUUUUGAUUUGAGAUCGGAGGAGAGUCGACGCUGCAUCUGUCAAGGCGUGAGCACCGACAGUUCGGACGCGGGGGUCAUGGAGGGAGGAGAUCAUUCAGCGGGGGGCAGCGAUGAAAGCCCCUCUGAAGCCGAGUUUAUGUCGGGGAGAGAGGAAGGGCUGGCUGGAGCCCACGACGAGCAGAUGAGCCCAGACUGCUCCGAGGACAUGGAGGACAGCGACUCUCUGGUGUCGGAGAGACUCCUCUCGCCCGCAUCCAGAGCAGAGGGGCCGGGCCUCAGCUUCAGCUUCAGCACAGCCUGGGCCUUGGCCUUCUUUGGAGAGGAUUGUUUUAGUCCAGAGGUGAUCCAGUAUGCGGCGAAUCUGGGGCAGCACAUAGGAUCACCGUGUCUGGAUGUGAAAACACAGGAACUGCAGCAGCAGCUGAUGAUUGAAACAAGGAAUUUAAAGAAAACCAGAAAUUUCUACCAGAAGCUGAUUCAACAAGAGAGAAAAAACAAAGGUUCUGACAACAAACUGAUGCUGUCAAAACUCAAGUCCCAGCUUGAGGAACUCCGAUCCAAAGUGGUCUUCUUGGAUUGCGUAAAGAAAUACCUUGAGAUUCUGAGUGUGGACCAGUGGGGUUUAGAGGUUUCAUUACUGCCUUCGUUGGCUGUCUGUGGACCCGGAUCUUUGGACUUCCAGUCCGCUGACGACCCGUCUGUUCUGAGCUUUGGUACCAGCAAAGGGAAGAGCGCUGUGCAAGCUGGGUCUCCUCUGGGCCUCAUGGCCUACCUCUACGCCAGAAAUGCUGCUGUGGAGGGCUUCAUCCAGCAGUUCCUGUAUACGUUUCGUUUCCUCUGCACUCCUGAGCAGUUACUGCAGUUCAUCAUGGAUAAAUUCAUCGGUGCUUCAAGACAAGGUCCAGACAUGUCAGCAGACAGUGAAAAGAUCUUCCAUCGCAGUUUGGACCUGCUCCAGUUCUGGAUAUCAGACUGUAAACGGGUGGACUUCACGCCAAAGUCAAGCCUUGUGGAUACGUUAGAAAACUUCCUUAAUACUGAGGUGAUUCCCGUGGACGGCCGAGGGGAGGCCCUUCUCGCUGCUCUCCACGGCCCUCCUUGUACGACUUGGAUCCAAGGAAGAGGAAGCCUGAUCAGCUUUGAGGAAGAUGAUGAUUCUAUGUGUGUGCAUUCAUCUACUGAGGAUCUUGGGAGAAAGUGGAGAUUCUCCAGAGUAGUGGAGCCCUCUGCAUCCGUGCCUAAAGACAGGGCCUUCUCCAUCGCCGCAGCCCUGCCUAUGCCUUGCUACGGCUCCCUGGCGGACGACCUCUCCAACGUCUGCCUGCAGAGUGAGGAGCGACUCCCCUUCAGCCAGAAUGAACACAGCGCACAGCACAUCACCCAGCAGCUCACCCUCCUGCAGCAGGAAAUAUUCCGAGGAUGUCAUCCAGUUAAUUUCCUCAACUCCAGGAUACAAGGAAUUGGGGACAAAGUCUCGACCACAAACAAGAAUGUGUCUCAGCACAUCGCUCCAGCAGAGGGCAGCAGACUACUUCUAUGUGAAGAGACGCCAUCAGAGAGUUUCCUCCAGCAGCUGCUGACAUACACUGACAGUGUUGCUAACUGGAUCUCUGCUGAAAUAGUCAUCUGUGACUCCGUCAAGACGCAAGCUGCUUUGCUGACCAAGUAUCUGUGGAUAGGAAAGCACUGCUACGAAUCCAGGAACUUUGCCACAGCCAUGCAGGUCCUCGGAGGUCUGGAGAACGUGAUUGUCAGGCAAUUACCAGCUUGGAAACAUCUGUCUUCCAAGGUGUGUGAGAUCCUGGAGGAGCUGCGAGCUGUGCAGGUGUUUCUGAAGAGUGACGACCUGUGUCUGAUGGGGGGAGAACACAAGAGGAGGAGGCCCACCCUGCCGUCGGCGCACAUCCUGGCCAUGCACGUCCAGCAGCUGGAGAUCGGAGCCUUCACACUCACUACUGGAGCGUACAAGUGGACCAAGCUCAGGAGCAUAGCAAAGGUUGUGAGUCAGGUCCACGCCUUCCAGGAGGCUGUAUACCCCUACAGCCCGGACCGGGAGCUGCUGGCCUACCUUCGGCGCCGCAUCGCCCGGCUCGCCACCUCUGACAUCCACCUCUUGGCUGCCGACAACGAUGCCAACUUCCAGCAGUCCAGCGAGCGACAAACACGCAGGAUCCAGGACAAGCUGCGGAGGGUGAAGGCCACUUUCCAAUGAGCCCUGACCCAGUCACUCCUCACAGCCCAGAGCGAGUCACCACCACCAGGUCAACACCUCAUGUCCGAGCCCAGACUGAGGCUCCGUGCCCAGGUCACGACCCUCAGAUGCCUCUGUCGUCCUGGCAGAACAGCCUUGUGGACUGGAAAACUUUUUCUGCUGUCACAUGUUCACUAUCUCUCAAAGACCUUUUGAUUUAAGUCAAUGAAUUUGUUUAAACUCCCAGGCAAACUUUAUUUAUAACUGAUUAUAAUUUGCUUAAAUUCUCUCUCAGCUCAUAUAUUGCCAUUUUUAAUUUGUGAUUUGACACUGUAAUUUAGCUGUUAAGGUCUCAUACGUGGACUGAACAUGGCACCAAUGCAAACUGCAUGUCCAACAUCAAGGCUGGAUUACCAACGUGGCAAAGUGGGCACCUGCACCAGGCCCAGAGAUCAGCUGAGAGAGACUCACAGCUUCCUGUGCAGACUCUGGCUUUCAAAUGAAAAUCUCAAACUGGCAGCUCCCGUAUCUGGGAUAUUUUACCUUCACUUCUGUACAGUGGGAGGAAGUGGAGACGCGCCGUCUAUCUUUAUACACGCUCUAUGGUAGGCUCACAGAGCUGCUAGCUUGGCUGUAGACUCUUACGGCCAGGUAAUGCCACAAAAAAAACUAGUUCCUACAACAUGAACGUCCACUGUGGAACGCAGAGUAAAAAGCCUGGCAUCAUAGAGCGUGGAAAGACACGCUAAUCAUUUAAAUAUGGGGAUAACAAAGCGUAUUUUUAAACUGUGUCUUCUGGAUGACAUUCAUAGUAUUGCGCUCAUUUAUACACACAAAAAGUGAGAUGAAUUGUGUAAAGAAUGAAAAACUGAAAAACCUGGCUCCAAAUUCAGAAGUUGUUCAACUAUUUGACAACCAGUUAUGAUGGAGUAUACUGGCGCCUUGUUACCUCAUCUUGAGACUUGGGAAUGUGUCAUUCCAGCAGAGGAGUACUGUGCAUAUUGCACAGAAAGGAGACAGAAUGGGGGUUAAAUAGAGACCCAGCAGCUACUUUACUUUAACUUUACCUCGGCCCCCCGAGCAAGUGAAUCCAGCCAAGUCAAACAUUCAAAUAUAAUCCAUUUGAUGUUGCUGAAACGUGUUUGACUUGUAGAAAACAAGACAAUAAUGCAGAACGUAUUAAAUUCACUGAACCGUUUAUUGAUUACAACACGUAGUUUCUGUUUGUUUACCAAUUAGGAGUUUACCAAAUGAGAUUUAUAUGACUACAUUGGUAAAUUAAUAUCUAAUACUAAUCCCAUUCAAACAGCACAAUGUGAAAUAAUUGCAUUUUUUUUUAUCAAUAGUGUCGUGAGGGGCAAAAGCUACGCGGCUGUCACGACAAUACCUUACCAUUACAGAGAAAAUGGUAGAACAUAAUGAGAUGUCAGUGUGCAAAAUGUUAUUUGAGAAAUGAUGUUCAGUCGAUGUCUAUUUUUCUAUUUUCCUGCCUGCUCUCUCUUUCUCCACGGUCCUCUGCCGUGAUUCGUGAAACACACCGUGGAGAUGGAAUGUGACGUGCGAUGAAGAUUUGCUUAAUUUAGCCAAAUAAAUGAGAUUUUAUAAGCUC